GCCUCGCCAUUUUCUCUUCGCCGCUCUGUUUGUUCACCAGUGGCUGUGUUUCCUUCGUUGGAUCUCUCGAUUCCACCAGUCUUCACCGCCGCCGAAUCAUGCCUCCGAAGUUCGAUCCUUCUCAGGUGGUGGAUGUCUUCGUCCGCGUCACCGGAGGCGAGGUCGGAGCUGCCAGUUCUCUCGCUCCGAAGAUUGGUCCACUCGGUCUCUCCCCUAAGAAGAUCGGAGAAGACAUUGCCAAGGAGACGGCCAAGGAAUGGAAGGGUCUCAGGGUUACUGUAAAGCUCACCGUCCAAAAUCGUCAGGCGAAGGUCUCCGUCGUGCCUUCCGCGGCGGCUUUGGUAAUUAAGGCAUUGAAGGAGCCGGAGCGUGACCGGAAGAAGACCAAGAAUAUCAAACACAAUGGCAAUAUUUCUCUUGAUGACGUGAUUGAGAUUGCUAGGGUUAUGCAGCCCAGAUCGAUGGCUAAGGACCUCUCUGGCACCAUCAAGGAGAUUCUUGGGACCUGCGUUUCUGUUGGUUGUACUGUUGAUGGGAAGGACCCUAAGGAUCUUCAACAGGAGAUUUCUGACGGCGACGUUGAAGUCCCCCUAGAAUGAGAGUAAAAGUUUCUUCCGCCACUCCUUUAGAAUGAGGGAUAUUGAAUUUACUACAUCUUUGUUUAAUCAGUUUUGCUAAUUAAAGUAAGUUUUAGGGUGGGUCUUCUCUUGUUUAUCAGCGCUUUUUGUUGGUUUUUUUAAAAAGCUUGAAUUGGAUUAUUGCAAUGAAUAUCAAAGCUUUAUUUCUGUUCUAUCUAUGCUGCAAGGAGUGAAUGGAGAUUAUCUGGAUAGAUUUCUUAUCUGA